AUGGUACGCUUAUGGCCGAAGGAUCGUUUAGCACUGAGCCCAGCGGAGUGCCUUCAGCUGCCGGACAUCGUGAUCCACGACCACGGCCCCGAUGUUCAACGUGCAGACCCCUCGGACCUUGCAGAUCGGGGCAGGGGCACCAAGCGCGCCAGUGCCGAGAGCUUGGAGGCAACCAGGCAAAGGCCGAGUGCAGCUCACACUGAGGCUUCUGAGGCUUCUGGUCAAGAGGAUUCCUUCGAGAAGAAAGCUGUGGCGCACCUGAGCGUAGCUCUGCGAGAGGAUGGAUCGGACGAGGCCGACACGUGCCUUCUGGCCGAGGAGCUCGCGGCGGCCUUUGUGCGAAGUUGGGGCCUCACCCCCGAGUCCGCGCAGCGCCUGCGGGCGCUCCUGGCGGCCUUGCGCUCCAAUGCAGACUUCCGCUCGGCCGUGCGGCAGCGGGCACAAGAAGCCGGCGCGGCGGUGCUCGCGAAGACUUUGGCCGCCGAGGACCCGCGAAGUUGGGCCGACGAGCAGCUGAAGGCGAAGCGCGCCGAGUGGCAGCGAGAGAGUCUCGCGGAAGCAGCACCGCAGCAGGCCGGUGUCCAGCGCCCGUGCCCUGAGUGUGGUGGCCGGGCGAUAUGUGAAACGGGGGCCAGCCAGAACUUCAAGAUAUCGAAGUCGUUUACUCACUACCGAUGUCUGGAGUUGAACUGUGGCAAGAUUUUGAGCCCGGCUGCCAACGGCGGAGCGGCUUGCAAUGACUCCCUGGCCAUGAUGGAGCCUUGUGCCGAGGAGCCGUGCGGCCACGAAGUCUGCAUCGACUGCCAGUGGGAGGCGUGGUCCGAGUGGGGCGCCUGCACGCAGUGCGGAAACCAACGCUUCAGACAUCGCAACAUCGCUCGGGUUCCCAACCACUGUGGCAAGCCAUGUGAUGCCAAGGCUGCAAAGGAGCUGGGUGAGUGCCAGAGCCAUUGCGACAAGAAGUACUACUGCGUGUGGUCAGAAUGGGAGGGCAUGGGAAGCUGCUCUCGGACCUGUGGGUCGGGCACUCGCAUGCGUCAGCGACAGCUCACAUUGGAGCCUGACAAGCCCUUUAAGGACCGCAUGUUCUUCGAGACGACCGUAGACAGCCCAAGUCUCCGAAUGACCAAAGCCACGGCCGCAGACCUGCGAGCUGCCGAGCUGCGAAGCCUGUAUGCCGGAGGAUUGCAUCUUCAACGAAUGGUCCGACUGGUCCGGACCUACGUGCACCCAGCUCUGCGAGCGGCACCGCACCGUGAGCCAGGAGAGCAGCUGUGGCGGCGAGUUGUGCCAGGGACCACUUAUGGAGACCAAGAGGCAGCGCCACAGGGCACUUUCCACCCUGUGUGGAACUUAGGUAGCGGAGAAGCUUUCCCGCCCAAGACUGUUGGAAGCUUCCUCGAAGUUAGCCAGGUCUUCCUGGAAAACUCGUCUUCGGACUCGGUGCAGGGUUUCAUGAGCUUUGCUUUGCGGAACACGCUGCCGGACGGGACCAGUCUCAGCUCCUGGACGGAUCAGGACGUUUUCCGGCACCGGAUGCUGCUGGCCUUUGCGCAGUGGACCAACUCCAAAGCGCGGCAGUUGGACGACCACGUGCCUUUACAGAACAAUUUGCCGAAUAUGCACUGCAGCACCUCCCUGAACAAUUACGUGAACCAAGAGCAGGGAGGAGUCGCCGAUGCUGCAAUCAGUGAGUUCAUCUACCACGUGGCGAUCCGAUUGUUGGGGCCGGAUGCCGCCUGCUUCGGGAAUGCCUUGGGAGGAUUCUUCGCCCACGGAGGAUUCUCCGCUCUGCGCGGGGAUAACACCAGCGGCGCCCUCUCUGAGUACCCGGCCCUGGUCCUGUCUGACAUGGUCAGGUACUUGGAAGAGAUCCAGGCCAAAGUCUUGAAGGUUGCACAGGAGCUGACACCGAGUGAACUUGCUGGAAGCCUUUUGAUGGAGUUCUGCCACUACUUCACGGUCAUCAUGACCUUCUCUCAGCAGAGCCAGAUGGUUCAAUUCCGGCUCCAGGCUCACGAGAACGUGGAUGAAGCUUUCCAAACCUCCGACUUCCGCAUCCAGCUCAUUGACUCCUGUGGAAGCCUGAUGAGCAUGCUCCAGCACAUCGAGCAAGUUUACAACAGCCGCAACGAGGGCCUCACAGUGGCCGUGGAUUUUGAGGGCGUGGACUUGUGUCGUACAGGUGAGCUAUGCCUCGUCCAGAUGACAUGCGAUGACGAUCCAACCCUAGUGUAUGUCCUAGACGUGCACGUCUUGGGUCAAAAGGCCUUCCACCUUGCCACGCCAACAGGGAUGUCCAUGAAGAACUUGCUGGAAGAUCACCAGAGAGUCACCAAGCUUUGGUUCGACCCUCGCAAUGAUGUGGAUGCUCUGUACCACCAGUUUGGAAUCACCCCGAGAAACGUCGUGGACCUGCAGCUCGCCGAGGUCGCAAUCCGCAGGAGUCAGGGCCACAUCGUCAAGUACGUGACCGGACUUCAGAAGUGCCUGCAGCAGUCGGACCAGCUGACCCAGGAGCAGGUGAGCUGUGCGGCGGACAUCGAUAAUCGGGCGAAGAGCUUGUUCGAGCCGAAGUUCGGUGGUCGAUAUGAGACCUUCCAAGAGCGGCCCUUGCGAGACGUUAUCCUGAUGUAUGCGGCCCAUGACUCCAGGUACAUGCUCCUCUUGUACCAGUGCUACAUGCAAAAGCUUCCACAGGACUGGUAUGGUCGAGUGCUGGCUGGAAGCAGUGAGCGGGCGAAGUGGUUUCAGCAUACCGACUACAGGCGUCCUGGCACUGAUACGCACCCCUGUCAUAGUGGAGCACGCGACUGCAUUCUGGGCCAGUGGAAUGCUUGGACAUCCUGUCAAGAUGGUCCUAUGAAGUUCCGCUACCGACGCAUCACGCAACAACCGGCCAACACGGGUCUGCCUUGCGUGGGAUCUCUGCGCGAGGUUGUCAGCUGCAUGGCCAGGGUGGACUGCGAGGUCUCCUCGUGGACGGAGUGGGAUCAGUGUGACAAAACUUGCGGCGGCGGUCAGCAGAUGCGCCACCGUCAGGUCACGAAGAAUCCGACAAAUGGCGGCAAGCCGUGCCCGAUGACCCUCAUCGAGACGCAAGGCUGUGCCUUAGCACCGUGCCGAAAGCGGGAUUGCACGGUCUAUGAAUGGAGCGAAUGGUCCGGCUGCAGUUCCUCCUGCGGCGUUGGUUACCGGACGCGGGAGCGGGACUUUAGUCAGCGGCCCUGCGAGGGCGGCCGUGGCUGUGAUCUAGAUCUCUCCAUGGUCGAGCCCUGCUAUUCGCCGGACUGCGACUGCACCGACUGCCUUUGGGACCACUGGACAGAGUGGACGAUCUGUGACAAGUCCUGCGACGGAGGGCAGACGAGCCGCUCCAGGAAGAUUUUGCAGAAGCCAAAGCCGGGAUGCAAGUCCUGCGAUGCGCUCCCUAGCUCGCAGGUGAAGCCUUGCAACACGCAGUCCUGCAGCCAUCAUGUUUGCAUCGACGGCCGGUGGGGCGACUGGAGCGAAUGGAGCGUUUGCUCAGCGACCUGCGAGGGCGGGGAGACGUGGAGGCAUCGACACAUCGCUGUCGAGGCGAACGACUGUGGCCUUCCUGCUACGGGCUAUGGCUCGGAAGCCAAGCUCUGCAAUCAGCACGUGCACUGCAUCCCCAGCGUCGACUGCGUGUUUUCCUCCUGGAGAUCCUGGAGUGAUUGUAGCGGCCAAUGUGAAGGCGUCCGUCAGCGCGAGCGGACGAUUGCGGUCCCGGGCAAGGGAGCUGGCCUCUACUGCGCCGGACCAAUGAAGCAGACGGCGCCCUGCCACAACGGGGGCGGUCUCUUGGACACAACGGAUCCGACCUGCUACAUUGACCUGACCCAUCUUCGGGGUCUUGCGGACCCAGGCAUGUCGCAGACGAUGCGUUUCCGCAGUGUGGCAGAGGUGACGCAAGCUGUGGCCAUGGACGACGAGUGUGCAGAUGGACACUGCGCCCUGAAUGCUCUGCAGCUGCAAGGCAACGCUGAGUCUGCCGACCAAGACUCCGAGCACAACGAAACCACCGCCGAGUUGGAUCCCGAAGGGGAUCAGCUCGGUGUGGUAAGCGCCUGGGGCGGAUGGGCCCAAGGUGGCGACAAGAUGUGGGGCCGUGGCCGAGGUGUCGAAGAUAUCAACGGCGGCAACGUGGGCUACUACAAUGCCGGCAUGGAUGCCGCGCAUGGGCGCUGUGGGGGCAGCGGCUGCGCACUGAUUGUGAACCCAAUGCACCAUCGCAGCAUCGAGCAGUUCCACAUUCACUUCGUUCACUACGGCGGUGGAUACGGCGCAAAUCUGAAGCAUCGCCUCGAGAAGAGGGUCUGCGGCAGCGGUGGCUGGCACGGUGGAGGUCUGCCAUGCCACGGCAAAGCCAUCUUCGUCAGUGGCUGGCCCCGUGUGUUCUCUGUGGCGAUGGGAGGAGGCGGCCUCACGCAUGCCAGCGUGAUUGCCUGGCCCGGCGCUUGCGGGGGAUCUGGUACCAUCAUCGAGCUGUUGCCAACGGCAAGCUGCCCGUUCCCGUCCGACAGCUGCCCCGGGAAGUGGGUCGAUUUGGAAGUGUCGCCCGGGUCCCCCUACCAGACCUGCAUUACCGACGACAAGAGCUAUGAGGGCAGUGGCUUCGGCGAGAUCAACGUCGCGGGAGGCUCGGCAGUGAUCUUCAAGUUCUCCUUGGUGGAUCCGGUGACCCAUGAGCUCGUGCACGCCCCGAAGCUCAUGCUGAAGUUCUAUGGCUUAACUGUGGGUGCCGCCAGUGAAGCAGGCAUGUCGAUCUUCGCCACCGGCUACGAGGACUACUUCUUGAGCCAGCAUUCCACGAUCGCCGUAGCCGCCGGCGAGGGUGGCGGAACCUUCGCGGCCGGCGAUGCUGGUCCCGAUUCCAUGAAGCUGCCUGAUUCGCCGACCACUGCCGACGACGACGACGAUAGCAGGGCGGUGUCGCUUCUCUUUAUCGAGGCGUCCUCGGUGGAAGUUCGACUGAAGGUCGAAGAGUCGGGAGGAGAGACCUGCCGGCGUUUCCUCUUCUCCAUGAAGGGCUGCUUUGGUACAGGCAGCUGCUGCGAGGUGGAUCCGUGCCACCUCUACAACAAGCCCGCGGUGGAUUGCAUCCUCUCUGACUGGAGCGAGUGGGGCGACUGCGACGCUGCGUGUGGCACCGGACAGCAGGUGAAGGAGCGGACGAUCAUUCAGCCGCCGUCGAAGGGCGGCUUUGGUUGCUCUGCAGCUCUGUCCAUCACACGGCAGUGCGCCAGCCAGCCCUGCCACGACGAGUGCAUUCCGACCGACUGCCUUUGGACUGACUGGAGCGAGUGGGGGGCUUGCAAUCAGUGUGGUGGCGAACGCCAGCGAGUCCGACAUAUCUCCCAGCAUCCCGCCUGUGGUGGGCAGGCUUGCCAUCACGGCAACGCCGUGGAAGUAGCAAAAUGCCCCCGGACGUGUACGGACAAGACGUACUGCCUCUGGACAAGCUGGUCUGAAUACGGCCCGUGCACGGCGACCUGCGGCGCAGGCCAGCAGUCCCGUACGAGGCGGCUGCAUCCGACCACCCAGGCACCCGGCAGCGAUGACGGUCUGGGUUCGGACUCUUACUCGGACGUCUCCGACGUCUCCGACCUUCCCGUAGACUUGGGGACCUACGAUGAUGGCGCUUCCUACGUGGACGGGUCGUCCUACUCUGAUGGAACUCCCUACGUCGCCGGCGUGUCCGACGCGGACGGCGUGUCCUACUCCGAUGGAGCGUCCGACUCUGCCCGGACAUCCUACCUGGAUGGAUCGACGAAGGAGAGCGCUGCAAGAUGA